GUGACCGAGAUUAGAGCGCUCUGAGGCUCGGAGGCUUCAUUCUGUGUUGGAAUACCGUGGUGAUCGCUCUUGACUACUCUCCAGUGACUCUCCAGCCGCCGGAGUGAAGAUGUCGAAGCCCCAGACAGACAGUGAGAAGCGGAAGCAGAUCAGCGUCCGCGGCAUCGCGCAAGUGGAGAAUGUGUCCGAGGUGAAGAAGAACUUCAAUCGCCACCUGCACUACACCCUGGUGAAGGACAGGAACGUGUCCACGCCGAGGGACUACUACUUCGCCCUGGCGCACUGUGUCAAGGACAACCUGGUGAGCCGAUGGAUCCGCACGCAGCAGUACUACUACGAGAAGGACCCCAAGAGAGUCUACUACCUCUCCUUGGAGUACUACAUGGGCAGGUCCCUGCAGAACACCAUGAUCAAUCUGGGACUGCAGGGCGCCUGCGACGAGGCGAUGUACCAACUGGGCCUGGACAUUGAGGAGCUGGAGGAGCUGGAGGAAGACGCCGGCCUGGGAAACGGCGGCCUCGGUCGCCUGGCGGCGUGCUUCCUGGACUCCAUGGCAACCCUGGGACUGGCUGCCUACGGAUAUGGAAUUCGCUAUGAAUACGGCAUUUUUGCGCAGAAGAUCAAGAACGGCGAGCAAGUGGAGGAGCCCGACGACUGGCUGCGCUUCGGGAAUCCGUGGGAAAAGGCGCGUCCGGAGUACAUGAUCCCGAUCUACUUCUACGGCCGCGUGGUGGACGAGCCGAACGGGAAGAAGAAGUGGGUGGACACGCAGACAGUGUUCGCCAUGCCGUACGACAAUCCCAUCCCAGGAUACAACAACAACGUGGUGAAUACGCUGCGCCUGUGGUCGGCCAAGAGUCCCAUCGACUUCAACCUGAAGUUCUUCAACGACGGCGACUACAUCCAGGCCGUGCUGGACCGCAAUCUGGCGGAGAACAUCAGCCGCGUCCUCUAUCCGAACGACAACUUCUUCGAGGGCAAGGAGCUGCGGCUGAAGCAGGAGUACUUCAUGGUGGCCGCCACGCUGCAGGACAUCAUCAGGCGCUACAAGUCGUCCAAGUUCGGCUCCAGGGCGGCCGUGCGGACCAACUUCGACGCCUUCCCGGAGAAGGUGGCCAUCCAGCUGAACGACACGCACCCGUCGCUGGCCAUUCCCGAGCUCAUGCGCAUCCUGGUGGACGUGGAGGGGCUGUCGUGGGAGAAGGCCUGGGAGAUCACCGUGCGCACGUGCGCCUACACCAACCACACCGUCCUGCCGGAGGCGCUGGAGCGCUGGCCGGUGUCCAUGCUGGAGAGCAUCCUGCCGCGCCACCUGCAGAUCAUCUACCACAUCAACUUCCUGCACCUGCAGGAGGUGGAGAAGCGCUAUCCCGGCGACAUGGAGCGCAUGCGGCGGAUGUCGCUGAUCGAGGAGGAGGGCGAGAAGCGCGUGAACAUGGCGCAUCUGUCCAUCGUGGGCUCGCACGCGGUCAACGGCGUGGCGCAGAUCCACUCGGACAUCCUCAAGGCGGACCUCUUCAGGCUCUUCUACGAGAUGAGCCCCGAGAAGUUCCAGAACAAGACCAACGGCAUCACGCCACGGCGCUGGCUGCUGCUGUGCAAUCCCGGCCUGGCCGAUCUCAUCUCGCAGAAGAUCGGCGACGAGUGGCCGGUGCACUUGAACCAGCUGGUGGCGCUGAAGAAGUGGGCCAAGGAUCCCAACUUCCAGCGCGACGUGGCGCAGGUGAAGCAGGAGAACAAGCUGAAGCUGGCGCAGAUCCUGGAGAAGGAGUACGGCGUGAAGGUCAAUCCCGCCAGCAUGUUCGACAUCCAGGUGAAGCGCAUCCACGAGUACAAGCGCCAGCUGCUCAACUGCCUGCACAUCAUCACGCUGUACAAUCGCAUCAAGCGCGAUCCCACGGCCGCCUUCGUGCCCAGGACAGUGAUGAUCGGCGGCAAGGCGGCGCCGGGCUACUACAUCGCCAAGAAGAUCAUCCAGCUGAUCUGCGCCGUGGCGAACGUGGUCAACAACGAUCCCAUCGUGGGCGACAAGCUCAAGGUGAUCUUCCUGGAGAACUAUCGCGUCACGCUGGCGGAGAAGAUCAUGCCGGCGGCGGAUCUGUCGCAGCAGAUCUCCACGGCCGGCACCGAGGCCUCCGGCACGGGCAACAUGAAGUUCAUGCUGAACGGCGCGCUCACCGUCGGCACGCUGGACGGCGCCAAUGUGGAGAUGGCCGAGGAGAUGGGCAACGACAACAUCUUCAUCUUCGGCAUGACCGUGGAGGAGGUGGAGGAGCUGAAGAAGCGCGGCUACAACGCCUACGACUACUACAACAGCAAUCCCGACAUCAAGCAGUGCGUGGACCAGAUCCAGGGCGGCUUCUUCAGCCCCAGCAAUCCGCACGAGUUCAAGGAUCUGGCGGACGUGCUGCUCAAGUACGAUCGCUACUAUCUCUUCGCCGACUUCGAGUCAUACAUGAAGACGCAGGAUCUCGUCUCGAAAACCUACAAGAAUCAAUCGAAGUGGCUCGAAAUGGCCAUUCACAACAUUGCGUCCAGCGGAAAGUUCUCCAGCGACCGCACCAUCUACGACUACGCCACGGAGAUCUGGGGCUGCGAGCCGACCUGGGAGAAGCUGCCCGCCCCGCACGAGCCCCGCGACUGAGCGCGCGCGCUCGCCAGGAGCCAGACGAGCAGCACUGCCAACAAUUCGCGAAGGUCGCGCGCGACAGGAAGCGGCAGCGGAGGAGAGCAAUUUGUGCAU